AUGGCCAGCGUCGAUAAUGAUCAUCCUGCCAAUCCAGGCGGACCGCCCCUCCACACGCCAGCUCCCCAUGAGAGCCUCAUCGAGUUGCGCCCGGCCGGCCACAUGGGCUGGGGCACCUUCGCCACCCGCAAGAUCCUCAAGGGCACCCGCAUCAUCGAGGAAGCGCCAGUCUUCACCUUCAGCUCCUCGCCCAAACCGCACGUCCCUGGAGAGGUCGAUGUCCCUCGAGAGGCAGACCCAGACUACGACGACAGCAGCCAGGGCACCGAGGGGGACGACGCGCACCGGAUCACAAAGCGCAUCAUGCGGUUCUGCCGCGACCUGCUGGCCCAGGGCUUGAUGACGGGCAAGAUGCGCGACAUGGAGUCGCUCCCGCACAACCUGGGCGUGUACGAGAACCAGAACCUGCGCGACGUGAUUCGGCGCUUCUUUGUCGAGAAGAUCAACCCCAACCUCCGCGGCGGCCACCUGGAGGGCGAGGUCCUCGAGUACAACGUGCUGCGCUUCGCCAAGCUGUACGCCAUCUGGAUGCUGUGCCUCUUCCGCCCGGACCCCACGCUGUACCCGGGCGUCGAUGACGGCAUGUACCCCGUGCAGGCCCGUAUCAACCACUCGUGCGCGCCCAACGCGUGGCGCGACUACAACACCAACAUCAAGCGGCUGACGGUCCACGCCUUGUGCGAUAUCCAGGCCGGCGAGCAGAUCUUCAUCCCCUACGGCGAGAUCCUGCGCCGCACCAAGGAGGAGCGCUGCGACGAGCUGUGGCUCCACGACGGCAUCUUCGAGUGCGUGUGCCGCCUGUGCCAGGACCAGGGCACCGACGAGCUGCAAAUGGAGCUGUAUGCCCAGUACUGGGGUGCCUUCUUCUAUCUCUUCCCGGACAUGCAUGAUCCGGCGCACAACGAGAGAGAGAUCAGGCUGGCCACCAACGCCGCCGAGGCUCUCGAGAUGACCAAGAACGCGAUCCAAAUACUGAAGCACCCCCUCAUUGACGCAGAGUCCAAGAUCCUCGCUGAAUCGUAUCGCAUGUGCUGCUUCCUCCACGACCGCCUCGGCGACAUCAACAGCGCCAUUCGUUACAGUGCAUUGGAGACACAGCUGCAGCUGAUCAUGAGAGGCACCGACCAUCCUGAUUUCCUCCGCGCAGACCAGCGAUUCAUAGGCUUGCAGAGAAUUCGUGCCGACAGGGAGCGAGUCUGA